GGAAUAAGAGAAAAAAGGACACAUGCACAUCACUCUCCACUUCAGAAAGGAGAGAGACAAGCCAGAGUUUCCCCAGACUGCAGAUAUUCAACCGAUACCUGUGGCACUCUCGCCGAUACCUUCACCCGACUACCAUCUCUGAUACUGUACGUCUGGAACAGAUCAUUUUUCUGCUGCUGAGAAUCCACCGGAAUUAACCAGAACAUGGGCAAGAAAGAAGAGAGAGGCAUACCGAACGCGGCGUUCGUUCAAGACGACGACGACAUCUCUGGCAGAAGCAACAAAGCAAUCCCUGGCCAGGUGCAACCACCUCAUUCCGCUACAGCUGCUAGCUCCGAUGUAUUCAGUUCAGCAGAGGUGACCGAGAGUGAUGAAGGCCAACAACGCGAUACCUGGGGGAACCCGAUUGAAUUUCUCAUGUCGUGCAUCUCGCUGUCAGUUGGCUUGGGCAACAUCUGGCGGUUCCCGUUCACAGCUUACGAGAACGGUGGUGGCGCUUUUUUGAUUCCAUAUCUGGUCGUUCUACUUCUGAUCGGAAAACCGCUCUAUUUCAUGGAGAUGAUUUUGGGCCAGUUCAGUAGCUACGGAUCUGUCAAGGUCUGGGCCGUCGUGCCCAUGGCCAAAGGUGUGGGGUAUGGAGGCGCUCUGGCUACGUGGUUCGUCGUGACCUAUUACUGCUGCCUAAUGGCCCUGACCGUCUUUUACUUCUUUUCGUCGUUUCAAACUGUUUUGCCGUGGACGGUGUGUGAUCCAGCCUGGGCCACUUCCACUUGCUACAACAGCGGCAGCGCGAGCAAUUUAACCGGCCUUGCCAAUUUGACUGGCCGGACAUCUAGCGCAGAAGAGUUUUUCAAUCAUAACGUCCUGCAAAAGAUAAUCAACAUUGACGAUGGUGUUGGCGCUCCAGAAUGGCGUCUGACUUUGUGUCUCCUCCUUUCCUGGAUUAUCAUCGCCCUUAUCUUAAUGAAAGGAGUGACCUCAUCGGGCAAAGCCGCUUACUUCACUGCCAUUUUCCCUUACGUGGUGCUCAUCACGCUUCUCAUCCGCGGAGUGACGCUCGAAGGCGCUGUCGACGGCAUUCUUUUCUUCAUCACGCCCCAGUGGGAUAAGAUUUUAACUCCUCAGGUGUGGUACGCAGCCGUGACGCAAUGUUUCUUUUCGCUGUCUGUCGGAUUUGGGCCGAUCAUCAUGAACGCCAGCUAUAACGGCUUCCGGCAUAGAAUCUACCGGGAUGCUACGAUAGUCAGUUUUAUGGAUACCUUUACGAGCUUGUUGGCCGGAGUGACCAUCUUCUCCAUUCUGGGAAAUUUAGCCCACGAAUCGGGCAAACCGAUUGAGACUGUAGUUCAAGGUGGCACUGGAUUGGCUUUCAUUUCCUAUCCGGAAGCCAUCGCCAAGUUUGACGUUGUCCCGCAACUGUUUGCCGUUCUCUUCUUCCUCAUGCUGUUCACCCUCGGAAUCGGUAGUGCCGUCUCGCUGACCGGUUGCGUCAUUACCGUCAUCUGUGACGCUUUUCCCGACUGGAAACGAUGGAUGGUGACGCUCAUUAUCUCUGGCAUUGGCUUCCUUCUCGGCCUUGUUUACAUCACGCCAGGAGGACAACAUGUCCUGGACGUUGUUGAUUUUUUCGGUGGCGGUUUCAUUGUUUUCGUUAUAGCUGUUGUCGAAACCAUCGCCAUCUGUUGGGUUUAUGGAUUGAAGAAUUUCCUACGGGAUGCUGAAUUUAUGUUGGGCAUCCGUCUCGGCAUCUAUUGGAAAUUCACCUGGGGUCUCUUCAUCCCUCUUUCGCUCAUGGGCAUCUUCAUUUAUUCUCUGGCCAACUUCCGCACGUUUGUUACUGAUGGCUACGUCUAUCCGGCCUCUUUGACUGGUUCCGGUUGGGUGCUCGCCGCCUUGGCCCUUCUCCAAGUUCCCAUUUGGGCUGGUGUCUCCAUACUCAAACGAAAGGGUUCUUUGAUGGACCGGAUAAAGGCUAGUCUGACACCUACGGAAAACUGGGGACCUCAGGACAUGAAGACACGCUCCCAAUGGAUUCUUUUCAAAUCAGACGAUUCGGCCGAACACAAGUCUUGGGCUUGGUGGAUACCGAAAUGUGUCAAGAAGAUCAUCAAGAUUGACGGGCACUCAUUCAAAUCUGGUCAAGCCUCCCAGUCUACUGUUGCCAUUGUCCAGCUAGAAGUGCAGGAAAACGGCAAUAACAAUAAAUGAAACUUACGUCCCCGCAAUUCCUGAAAGUCUGGUACCAAAUUGCCAGACGUGUCAUACGCCCAUGGCCCAACUCACUUUUACAAAGUGACUUUAGGUCUGAAAAAAAAGUAAGACCUUAUACUAAUUAGUACGUAAGCUCAUUAUGCUACCUUUAUAUGGCCAGUAGUUUAGACCAGUUUAGACACAUUGAUGAACGUUCCGUAGUUGUGCAUCAGCGUCGUGUCACUGUGUUAAACAUUAUGCGCAAUCAUCUUUUGUCAUAGCCCAUGUUAUUUGGUUGGCAAUGUCCAUUGACUAAUGUGAUCAAAAUUUUCUUCCCAUCAACGACGAGCGUCCAUUAUUUACCCAGCGUGUCUAUAUAUAUUUUUAUUCGUUUGUGUGUGAACAUUGUACAACACUGUCUAGAGCUGCGAAUCGAUUGAGCAUCGUUAUAAUAGAUGAAUUUCCAUUUACAUUACCAGUCCACACGUUUGUAACCUCGUUUUACGGAAUCGUAGAAUACAUUCCUUUUCGACAA